UCAUACAGUUCGCUCCGGCCAGGAGCUUCGCCGGCGAUCGCAGACAUCUCUCGCUGUCUCCCCUACCAUCUCGAUUUUUCCACCUCCGCAGACUCCCUCACAGGUUUUCCACUCUUCUUUCCCCACUCUUCUUUCCCCUCUCUGUAAUUUCCGUCCAUGUGUCAGCUUCCCUUCGAUUUUGUUCUCACUUGGAAUUUUUUGCACGUGCUGCAGAAAAUCAGCGAGUCUAUUUCCCGCGAUUGAAAUUCGCGCAAGAAUUUGAAAUUGAAAUUUCUCUAACGUCUUCUUCCAAGGGGAUGAUUUCCUCCCUGAAGAUUGCAUCUCUUCGAAAAACGGCGAAAUCGAGGAUGCACCCGUUGCCAGCUUCGGUGGCGGUGGUCUCGCGGCAGCGGUGAUGAUUGUUAUGGUGACGGUGGUGGUGGUGCUGGUGCAUGGUGAAGAAGAAAAGGAAGAAGAAGAGGAAGAAGAAGAAAACGGCGUAUCUUGGUGGGGGCAGCUCUUCUCUCUGCUCUCCAGAAUUCUGUUGGUGGGGGUAAGGCAACACUCAAAGAUCGUGGUGACGUAGUUCUGGCAGGAACGCGACGCGUUUUUGUCCACGUAGCAAGAAAAGAGAACUUUCCUACCUCUGUGCCUUACGUAGCCGGCACUUUUGAGAGAGAGAGAAACAAGGGACAAGACACGGAAGUAGAGAAAGCGAGGAGAAGGAAGAGGACGUCAAAUACUUCGACAGACAGAGAGAAAAAGGGAGAGGGAGCUAGCGAGAGAGAGAAAGAGAGAAAAGGAAAGAGAGAGGGGUGAUUAGAGUGGGGGAAAAAAAGAAGAGGCUUUGAUGAUUCAAAAGACCGGAAGUCAGUGGUCCUCUCUUUUCCGGAUCUUUCUUGAAUUGCGUGCCCCUUUUUCGCAAUCUUGAAGACUCUUACAACAAACUUUGCAUCUCUCAAGCACCCUCAGUGCGAUAUGACCAUGAGGAUCAACCGCACAUCACGAUCGUCGUGGUUGCGUGAUCUUGAAGACGUACCUUCGCUUCACAAGACGUGUCAAGAAACGCAACAUCGAGAAUAACUCUUCUAUAAAGAACACAAUUGAGAAGAACGAAGAAUUUCGCGCGUGGCAAGUGAAUCUUUGGCAAGAGAUGUAAAUUGUUCUACAAUAUUAUUCGGUUGACAUUCGUCCUGAAAUAAAGUCUAUCAGGAAAAUUGCGGACACAUCGUGGAAAUUGAUUCGAAGGUUUCAAAAGAUUUCACGAUAUUCUGCGAAUAAUUACACGUUGUAAUGUCAAGUUUUAUUGGAAGGAUCGACAAGAGGAUCGCGCGAUUGAGAAGAUAGUUUGAGCCAGUUCACCUGUUAAUAUUCGACCACGAAGGUGAAAUCUAAUAGAAGAUAUACCGUGAAUUCGCGCCGAUUCGCAUUCUAUCAAUUUCGCAACCGAGUACAAUCGAACAUUGAUGAACAUUGCUGUUGCAUUCGAUUUUGUUUCGCGAUUUUCAUCGAACGCGAUAAUCAGUGAACAGAGCGAAAGAGGGAAAAGAAGACAUAUAAUCGGUAAUUUUCCGAAGUGUGCUACCAGGUGCGAAGGGGAUGGAGAUGCGUUCCGUUCUCGUGGCAAUCUGCCUUCUCCUUGUCACCCCUAUCACCGGCUCUUUCUGGACCGUAGGAAGCACACUGGUCAUGGAUCCGAUGCUCGUCUGCAAGAAAACACGGAGGCUAAAGGGGAAACUCGCUGACAUUUGUCGUAAAGAACCAUCCCUGUUGAAAGAGAUUGCGAAAGGUGUUCAAGUAGGCACUAGGGAAUGUCAAUACCAGUUUCGGAAUCGGAGGUGGAACUGUACGACCAUCAGGAGAUCUCUCAAGAAGAUGCUGCUUCGCGAUACGCGAGAGACGGGUUUCGUGAAUGCCAUCACCGCCGCUGGAGUUACUUAUGCGAUUACGAGAGCCUGUACUAUGGGUGACCUUGUGGAAUGUUCCUGCGAUAAGAUGACGUCGAAGGGAGGUAAUCGUUUGGCUAAAUUUAUGCGUGCAGCCAAGAAAAGUUUGCCAACGGAGGGAGAAUGGCAAUGGGGUGGAUGCGGCGAUAAUGUGAACUUUGGCUUCAGAAAAUCCCGAGAUUUUAUGGAUGCGCCUUACCGUAAACGAAGUGACAUUAAAACGCUAGUAAAGCUUCAUAACAAUGAUGCUGGACGUCUGGCUGUACGCAACUUUAUGAAGACCGAGUGUAAGUGUCACGGACUUUCCGGUUCCUGUACGAUACGUACUUGUUGGCGCAAAAUGCCGUCGUUCCGAGAGGUCGGCAAUCGCCUGAAGGAGUCCUUUGACGGCGCGGCCAAGGUCAUUCCCAGCAACGACGGUCACAAUUUCAUCACCGAGGGUCCCACGAUCAAGCCGCCCGGUAGAUUCGAUCUGAUCUACAGCGAAGACUCGCCGGACUUUUGCAAACUGAAUCGUAAGACCGGCUCGCUAGGGACGACAGAUCGUCAGUGCAAUGCGACUAGUCCCGGGAUCGAGGGCUGUGAGUUGCUCUGCUGCGGCAGAGGUUACGAUACGAGAAUCAUCAAGGAGAAGAUCAAUUGCCAAUGCAGGUUUCGAUGGUGUUGCGAGGUCACGUGUAACACAUGCCUCGUCAAGAAGACCGUCAACACUUGCCGCUAGAGUGUAAACGAUGUAAGUGAAAAACUUUUGAUGUAACGAUAUAGAUAUAUAACAACGUCGAGAUUUUGCAUCGAUUUUGCAUGUGUUAGAAUAGUUUGAGGAGACACAAAUAUUUUGUGCGCGAGUUUCGUUAUAAAUGAAAAAUAUAACGAGACAACUCCGAAUAAUUAUAAUCGAAAUUGCAGAAUUCCGGAGAGAAUCAUAGUUAAAUGUUAAAAAUGUGUGUUUUAUUAACAAUGGGAAGAAAUAUUCUAUCAAAUUUUUCCUCGCUAUCAAUGUCUAUAAGAGGCGUUAAUGAUGAACUUAUGUCAAUUAUUGCAACAUCCAAGCCAUCUAAUAUAUUAUUGUGUGUGUAUCAAUUAACUGACAUACGAAGUAUGUUUUUUCAGAUUAUUCAAUGUUUAAUACGUUGCUUAAAAUUUUUUGUCUUUUAUCAAGACUGUUAUAGCGAUCAAUAUAAUCUCUCCAUUCAUGAAAAUGCUCUACUACAUUGACAUUUAUUAUAAUAACGUUUAAUAAUUAUUAUAAUGUUUUGUAAUAUACAUAAACUUUUAAGAUUACGGCUCGAUCAUGAAUGUUCAUUGACGAAUAUUCGGACGACAUGUGAUUUACGAUUUACCGCGGCCGUAUUCUCGGUCUUAGAUUAAAUUUAGGUUACUGGAUGUAUAUGUUUAGGAUCUCUAGAAAGAUUUAUCGUAAGCGCGAACACGAGAAGCGCGAUCGCGAACGUCAGUAGUGCAUGCGCGUGCUGAGUCAGACGCGAGUCGCGAUGCAACUAGACGCGAUUCUUCGCGUUUUGCGGGACAUUACAUAUCUUGGAUUAUGUAUCUAUGAAUUGCCGAUAAAACUGGACAUUUUUCGAUAUAGAACUAGACGUAUCGAUAAAAAAUCAAUGCUGACAAUAUAGGUUGCACUCGAAGAUUUUUAUUGUUAUCAGGAUCGAUUCUAUAUUCGCCCUUUGGAUUUUUAUUAGACUUCUUCAAACUUCAACGAGAUUAUAGAAAUAAUUGGCAAUGUUACUUAAAAAUGUUUUUUCUAAUCUUAGCGAUAAUAAAAUGUCUAAAUAUCACCAGGAUUUAUUAAAUCUUAUUAAUUUAUUUUUCGCAUUUUUAGUGAAAAAAUUUCUAUAUAUUUUAAAGAAAACGAACUGUUUUGACGAGAUCUAACAGGUGUCUGUUAUGUAGAAUCGAUCCUACGUAUAAUAGUUAUUAUCAGUAUCGCCGACGCAAGAUGAUCGGUUUUUUUACUCGAGCUGAAGCUUUCCACGUAUCUCCAGUGCUCGUAAUAUAUUAAUACGCACGUAUAGUCGUAUGAUGAAUUUAUGUAAAGUAUAUCCGUCGAACCAUCAUAACGCGCCGGUAUUCGCAUAUUAAUGCCCGGUGAAUCGCUUUUUUGCUUGAAUCGCCGCGAGGUCGAAAUCUUCGAGCGAAAUCCCGAGUGAUCAACUCGACAUUAACGACAUUAACGACAUAUCGAAAAUAUCACGAUGUUAUGUCGCAUCCAGUUUUCAUGCAAAUUUUCUCUUGUUGAUUACGGUCGGAAAACUCGGGACCUCGCUUUCGCUUCACGCAUGUGCGUGUGUAUCCAGUUAUCUUGCUUUUUCUCUCUUGCGUGAUAUAUAAGCUUUGUGCCAUACGUCGUGGUUCGAUCGAUCGAUACUUAUGUCAAAUAUGUACCGAUCCACGAGUUUUACACGAGCUUCUUCCGUUUCUCGAAUAAUCAUUUUUCUACCGAUUAAUGAGCCUUAUCGCGCUAUAGGCUUGCCAUUUUGUGUAUAUAAGACUGAAUUUAUUAAUAUUUGCACUCUUGUGCGAUAUGAAUAAAAAAAUUGUACUCACGGAUGAAUCUCGUUUGUUAGUAUUAAGAUUUACUAGUGGUAACAACUCAUUUUAGAAUGCGAACAUAUA